GGUUCACCCUCCUCAGUCCUCACUCCUCACUCUCACACACUCACUCUCUGAAAGCUGCUGAAAGUAGCUAGCCACUCUCCCUCGUGCCAGCAGCCACCCCCCCAUCCCUCCCUCUGGACUCAUCUGCUUGGCAUGCUCACACCGUCCUUGGAUUCUUGCACUUGGAGCUUCCCUUCUUCUACCUCCCGGCACCACCGCCCAGCCGAGAUUUGCAUUGAUCGCUAGCUCCCGCCCCGGCGCUUUCCUAGGGAUCGCCACACCACACGCCGGGGGGAGAAAAAGCCCUUCUUGGAGCCCUCUGCUUGGCCUCUCUCCCCCUCGUCGCAAAGCUGCCGCUGGGUCUCGCAGCAUGGCCGCGCCGUCGUCGCGCGGUAGCAGCCUCGCCGUGUUCGUCGUGCUGUUAGGCGCGCUCGCACUGCUCCAGUCGGCGGCGGGUGCGGCGACGUGCGUAGGCGUGGCGCCGGCGAAGCGCCGGCCGGAGGUGAUAUCCAUCACGGACUUCGGCGGCGUGGGCGACGGGCGGACGCUCAACACGUGGGCGUUCCGCAAGGCCGUGUACCGCAUCCAGCACCAGCGCCGCCGCGGCGGCACGGAGCUGCGCGUGCCGGCGGGGACGUGGCUCACCGGCAGCUUCAACCUCACCAGCCACAUGACGCUCUUCCUCGCCAGGGGCGCCGUGCUCAUGGCCACGGGGGACACGCGGGGGUGGCCGCUGGUGGAGCCGCUGCCGUCGUACGGGCGGGGGCGGGAGCUGCCGGGGCCGAGGUACGCUAGCUUCAUCACCGGCGACGGCCUCCGGGAUGUCGUCAUCACGGGUGACAAGGGAGUCAUCGACGGCCAAGGGGAGGUGUGGUGGAACAUGUGGAGGCGGAGGACUCUUCAGCACACCAGGCCAAACCUCGUGGAGUUCAUGCAUUCCACUGGCAUCCACAUCUCCAACAUCGUUCUCAAGAACUCACCCUUCUGGAACAUCCAUCCUGUUUACUGCGAGAAUGUGGUCGUAACCAACAUGAUGAUCUUGGCACCACAUGACUCCCCGAACACAGACGGAGUGGAUCCAGAUUCCAGCAGCAACGUGUGCAUCGAGGACUCGUACAUCUCCACCGGCGACGACCUGGUGGCGAUCAAGAGCGGGUGGGACGAGUACGGCAUCGCCUACGGCCGGCCGAGCUCCGGCAUCACCAUCCGGCGCGUGCGCGGCUCGUCCCCGUUCAGCGGCAUCGCGAUCGGCAGCGAGGCCUCCGGCGGCGUGCGCGACGUCCUCGUGGAGGACUGCAGCAUCUUCGACAGCGGCUACGGCAUCCACAUCAAGACCAGCGUCGGCCGCGGCGGCUACAUCCGGAACGUCACCGUCGACAACGUGCGCAUGAGCCGCGUGCGCAGCGGCGUCCGCAUCGCCGGCGACGCCGGCGACCACCCCGACGGGCGGUUCAGCCAGCGAGCCGUGCCGAUGGUGGACGCCGUGCGGAUCAGGAACGUGUGGGGCGUCGGCAUCCAGCAGCCCGGGUCGCUGGAGGGGAUCAGGAACUCGCCCUUCACCCGGAUCUGCCUCGACAACGUGAAGCUCUUCGGGUGGAGGACCGGCGCCGCGUGGCGGUGCAGGGACGUGCGCGGCGCCGCACUCGGCGUGCAGCCGUGGCCCUGCGCCGAGCUCGCCACCAGCUUCGCGUCGGCGGGCGGGUCCUGCGGCUAGUUAGUGCUUAGUUAGCUGGAUUGAUGCUGAAUCAAUGUGCUCUGUUUUUAGCCUGGGCUUGUGUUUUAGUAGUUGUGUUUGGGAUUGAUGUCUGUCUUGGGCUUUCUUAGGCUUUCUACUGCCUGUUCAGGGAAACUUUAGAUAUAAUUUUUGUAGUAUAAUGUUUAGCUGAUAUGUGCUUCAUCUGCUCUUUUUGUACCUUGCGAUAAUUUUUUUUUGCCAAACGCAGUGUAGUUUCAGGAAUCAUCUUUUUCAGUGUAUUUAACUGUUUACGUUUAUUCGUGUCAA